AUGGACCCCACCAAAGCACAAACAACGGCGACUUUCACUCAUUUAAAAAACCAAAAGGCGAACAAGCAAUGCUUCGAUUGUGGUGCUAAGAACCCUACUUGGACUUCGGUCACCUACGCGAUCUACUUGUGUCUGGACUGUUCUUCCGUUCAUCGUAAUUUAGGUGUACACAUUUCUUUUGUCCGAUCAACGAAUCUAGAUUCGUGGUCAUUACAACAACUUCGUACACUCAAAGUAGGAGGUAAUGGAUAUAUAAGGGAAUUCUUCACUAAACAUGGUGGAGCUAAUCUAUUACCUCCUGCAAAUUCUGAUGCAAGAGGUAGAUAUACAAGUAGACAAGCUGGAUUAUAUAAAGAAGAGUUAGCUAGACGUAUCGCAGAAGAUGCUCAGAGAAACCCUCACGGUAUCCAUAUAGAUGGACUUGAACUUACACCUUUAGCAUCACCUUCUAAAGCUGCUGGAGAAGAUGAUUUCUUUUCUUCAUGGGACAAACCAUCCUCAACACCUACAUCUAAACCUGCUUCUCCUGCACCUGGAGCAACUUCAAAACCGUCCGCACCACCUUCUAUCGGUAUUGCUAAACCAGCUUCAACUGGUCCACGUACUGUUACUUCAUCUUCAUUGCGAUCGACUCCAGCCAAUAGACCGACUGCUACUUCUAGAUUAUCAUCAUCAACUACUCCUGCUACAUCCACAUCUGGUGGAGGUGGUGGUGGUAAGUUAUCCAAAUUGGGAGCUAAAAAAGCUGGUACGGCAAUCAACUUUGAAGAAGCUCAACGUAAAGCUCUUGAAGAAGAAGAAAGGAUCAAAAGAUUAGGUUAUGAUAAGAAAAAGGAAGAAGAAGAAGCUAAAGCUUUGAAAGAAAGAGAAGCUGAAGAGAGAAGGAAAGCAGCUAGUGCAAAUGCUUCUUCUUCAAGAAGUUCAACUCCAGUCAACAGCACAGUCAGGAAAGAAGAGAGUAAACCAGCGCCCGUGAGAUUAGGUUUCGGUCAAACUGCAGGUCAGGCUGUUGCUGCUCAACCCAAGGCCCGAGCAGCUCAAGUAGACGAUGUCCGUGCUGCAAGAGAUAAGUUUGGUAACCAAAAAGGUAUCUCAUCAGACAUGUAUUUCGGUAGGGGGACAUAUGAUCCUCAAGCAGCCAAUGAAGCUCAAUCUCGACUUCGUGAUUUCCAAGGCGCAACCGCAAUUUCAUCAAAUGCAUAUUUCGGUAGAUCGGAAGAAGAAGAGCAAGAAGAUGGACAACUCGGAGGUGCUGGCAACGGUGACGGUUUGAUGGAUAAUGAAACUAUGCAAGGAUUAGAAAGAGGAAUUAGAGAUAUGGCAGGAAGAGUAAUGGCCAAUCCUGAUGUUCAAAAUUUGGGUGAUCAAAUCAGAAUCGGUGCUUUGAAGUUGUCCGACUAUCUAUCUUCUUUCGAAGGACGAUAA